AGCAGCAGCCGCCCCGAUUGGUGCCGUGACAAAAACGGCCCGGUUUUGGUUCCAAUGUCGCUGCCCACCCCGGAGGGCUUCAAGACGGAGGCGGGCGAAUGGACGGAGGAGGCCAAGGAGCGAUUCUUUGGCGCCAAGAACGAGGAGGCCAUGAAGAAGUGGGCCGAUGGACAGAGGGCAGCCUACAAAGAUGAAUCCUCAGAGAAGGGCAAGGAGCUGAAAGCGAAAUACGCCACGGAGGAAGAUCUGGAAAAAUCCAUCAAGGAGAUGUACCAGAAAAAGUGGGAUGCCUUGCUGGGCAAAGCCGCCAAGUGCCCACGCUGCUUCUUCGACAUCGAGCUGGACGGUGAGAAGACCGGCCGCGUGAUCAUGAUGCUCCGGGGCGACGUGGUGCCCAAGACGGCCGAGAACUUCCGGGCGCUCUGCACGGGAGAGAAGGGCUUCGGGUACAAGGAGAGCACCUUUCACCGAGUGAUUCCAGACUUCAUGUGCCAAGGUGGCGACUUCACCAAUCACAACGGGACAGGUGGCAAGUCCAUCUAUGGUGAGAAGUUUGAAGAUGAAGGCUUUCAACUGGAGCACACGGGUCCUGGCAUUCUCUCCAUGGCCAAUGCCGGGCCCAACACCAACGGAUCCCAGUUCUUCCUGUGC